UGGCCGGCGACUCGCUCGGCGGGCAGAGAGACAGCCGCAGAGACCCCCGAGACAGUCGGCCAGAGCAACGCCCGCUGGCCCUGGCGCGGAAGAGCGACUGACCCCGCGAUGCUGCGCUGGCUGCGGCGAGCGAGCUCCCAGGCGGGCCCCGCGGCGAGCCGCCACGAGGAGCCGCGCCGGUCCUGCCUGCACGAAUUCCACGUGGCGCGCGGCGGCCGCAUGGUGCCCUUCGCCGGCUUCCUGCUGCCGCUGAGCUACGGCGCCGAGGGCGUGGCCGCCUCGCACCGCCACACGCGCGCGCACUGCUCCCUCUUCGACGUGUCGCACAUGCUGCAGACCGAGGUGCGCGGCCGCCACCGCCUCGAGUUCCUGGAGAGCCUCUGCCCGGCCGACCUGCGCGCGCUGCCCGACAACCGCGCGGCGCUCAGCGUGUUCACGCACCCCAUCACGGGCGGCAUCCUGGACGACCUGGUGGUCACGCGCACCUCGCUGGGCUUCCUGCACGUCGUCACCAACGCCGGGCGGCGCGCGGCGGACCGCGAGCUGCUGGAGCGCCGGCAGGCGGAGUUCCGCGCCGGCGGCAAGGACGUGGAGCUGGUGUUCCUGGAGCCGGAGGAGCGCGCGCUGCUGGCCGUGCAGGGCCCCGACACGGAGCGCGCGCUGCGCCACCUGGUGGACGUGGACCUGCGCCAGCUGCGCUUCAUGGGCAGCACGCUGGCGCGCCUGGGCGAGGGCCCGCGCUGCCGCCUCACGCGCUGCGGCUACACGGGCGAGGACGGCGUGGAGGUGUCCCUGGGCGCGGGGCGGGCCGCACACGUGCUGGAGGCGCUGCUCGAGUCCGACCCGGGGCGCGUGCGGCUGGCGGGCCUGGGCGCGCGCGACUCGCUCAGGCUGGAAGCUGGGUUUUGUUUGUAUGGCAGCGACAUCGACCACACCACCACGCCCGUUGAGGCUGGAUUAUCCUGGCUCAUCGCGAAGCGGCGGCGCGAGGCGGCCGACUUCCCCGGGGCCCAGGUGAUCCUCAGGCAGCUGAAGGAAGGGCCCAGCCGCCGCAGAGUCGGCCUGAGGGCCUCCAUGGGCCCGCCAGUCAGGGCCGGUGCCCGCAUUCUCAACGAGGGCGACGAGGUCGUCGGGUACGUGACGAGCGGUGGGCCGUCCCCCACGCUGGGAGUGAACAUCGCCAUGGGCUACGUGCAGAGCGACUGCAGCGCCAAGGGCACUCGCCUCAGGGCCUCCGUGCGGGGAAAGACGGUCGACCUGGAGGUGUGCCGACUGCCCUUCGUGCCCCGAGGUGUCGCCCGGCCCUGCGAGGACUCCGAGGGCCCCACCAUCCUCGCCAUGGAGUCCUGACCAGAGUCCAUCCUCACCAUGAAGGCCAUCCUUCUUCGUGGACGGUUUAUGGAGUGGACUGUUUACAACCAACUAAUAUAACCAAACACUUUUUAAUAUGGUUUAAUCUUCGUGGUACAUACGUAGAGUCUGGAGAAAUUCGCGGACUCAUUUCGUGUUAUGCUAAAAUGUAAAUUUCAUCUGGAGUAAUCUUGGUCUACUAGAAACUCUCAAUCAAAGAAGUGUUUAAUCACUAGUUACCCAGUUGAGACCUCACAAGUCCGCAGCCAAUGAACGGGCGACGUUCGCCCGAGUAUGCAGAGGACCUUGGAGUCCAUCCUGGAGGUCAUUGAAACCGCAUAUUUUUCCAGGCACUAAUAAUGGGUGAUAGAAUACAACUAUGCAAUACAAGUCACCACACAAUAUUGGCUUGGAUUAUGAUUUGUCUUUCCAUCAAACGAUAUAAAUGUGCAAUCCACACAGCCGUUGUCACUGGAUGGAUGGUAGGCGAAUAAAGAGAAGCCCGACAGGUACCACAUGUGCGGGCUUGCGGGCGGCAAUGUGAGGGAAGCACAGAGAUUGUGCCGAGGUGGUUGUCCAACAAGAUGCAUGCCCAAUGAGAGGACCUUUCAGCGAUCAAACCAUCUCUUCUAUUUGCAGUAGGAAUGACAGGCGAGCAUUCCGUCUCGUUCUGCCUUGUUUCACUUCAGUUCAUAACACAACUAUUGUGUUCUGUCGCCCCUAAGGUAUAUGCCACGAAUUUUGAAAAUUUCUGCGCAUGCGCAACAGUUUUAGGAGUUAAUCCGGCCACGUCAUUUAUUUUUUUCAACAGAUCUUUUUCGUCACACGUUAGUCCAAACCAAUAGUAAACCAUUAGCAACUAUUGAACUAUAUUUAGCCAUUUGUGACUAAAAUUACUUCUCUUCAGAAUAACAGAUAAUUAAAAAAAAAAAUAUUAGAUCAAAAGAAAACACAACACAAUCAAGUCUAGCAUGCAGGUAUUUGAAUCUGAAUUAAUUAAAAGGAUGCACUUACAUUGACUGGGACGUUGUAAGCACAAACACAGUGUGUUAAAGUAAAACUAGCAGUUAAGUUUUCCCAUCAUCUUUCAUUACGGUAUCUCAAAUGUUUUCAAAACUACCACUUCACAAAAUAAUAGCUCAAUAAGAUGCUUAUUUUACUUAAACCAAGAAUUCUGUAAAUUGUAUGUAAAAUCAACUUACGACAUUGUAGCGCAUGCAUUUUUAUAAAUCUGAACGUGCAGAUGCACACUGAAAAGGUAUAUUUUUAAAGUUACAAAAAAUCUAGAGCUUUCAAUGUUUUUUUAUUUUUAUUUUAAAGAAGUUGUUCUUAUAAGUUUCGUUAACUGUAAGAACUAAAUACUUGAUUAAAAAUUUAAUUUGUAUUUUGUAGUUUAAAACAUAAAUUAGUCAAAUAAAAUCAGGCUGAAUGAAAUUAAAAAACAACGAAUAAUGCUGUUUUUGAGCACCAUUAUAUUAAAUAUAAUGUAUACAAAUAUAUAUUCACUAGCGUAUGUUCAAAUGAAUGGUGCAAUAUUCUCUUAAACGAUGUAUGGCAAUUGUAAAUAAUGUUUUGUAUGGAUAUUUAAAAUCCAUACCUGUAUUGCUUCUGAUGUAAAUAUAUAAGUAAUAAAGUGUUUACUUUUAAGAAUUAUUUUGUAAUAAAUAAACUUCUAAAGCUAUCAUAAUCAGAUAUGGGAUGUUCUAUACAGCACUCGUGUUUGUGAUAAAAAUGCCAUUCAGAAUAAAUCUAUUUUUUAUAUAUAAUUCAGUUAAAUAUUGUAAGGGAAGCACAGAUUUUAUACUGUUUCGUCCUCAUUUCACGUCUCAGGAGUCUUCUCUUUUAUAGUGAGAGGGAACGAAACUGUUUCCAAUGUGCACUCUCGCUUUUAGCUAGCCGUCUUGGUUUCAAAAGCUUAAAAUAAUUUAUUUAGCUAAUAACUAGGACCGCUCAUUAGACUGCAAUAAGGUAUGACCACGCCAGCCUAUCAUCCUUGUUAUUGGUGGCAUUUAUUUGGCAGGGCCCGUAAGGACAUAUUUGCUUCCACACAAAAUUGCUGUGAGUGUGCUGAAAGUGGGCGUUUACAUGAAAGUCUCUCGACCAAUUACGAAUCACAGUCGAUGAUACAUAGUUUUACACACAGCUGGUCUCUAACAAGGGCCUGGAAAAAUUCUCAAAUUCAGUUAAAUCACUUGACAUAAAUUCUAAAUCAGCUACCCAUGUUUCAGUUUUUUAUUUUAUUUUAACUGUUUCCAUUGGAAAAGAAG